CAGGUCUUCAACGUGGUGCCCACCGUGUUCGAGGUGACCGUCGUGACGGCCAUCCUCACCGCCAAGUGCGGUCCCGCGCUGGGGUUCAUCACUCUGGCCACUCUGGCGGCCUACGCCUCCUUCACCCUGGGGAUCACUAGGUGGCGUACACAGUUCCGUCGUACAAUGAACCGCGCGGAGAGCGAGGCGGCGGGCAGGGCGGUGGAUUCGCUCAUCAACUACGAGACCGUCAAGUACUUCAACGCGGAGCAGCAUGAGACAUCCAGGUACGACGAAAGCAUGGCGUCGUACGAGUCGGCGGCGGUGAAGACCCAGCAAAGCCUGUCGUACCUGAAUCUCGGUCAGUCGGCCAUUUUCACUGCGGGUAUGACCGCGGCGAUGGUGCUGGCGGGUCGGCAGGUGCUGGCGGGUCAGGCCAGUGUUGGGGAUCUGGUGAUGGUGAAUGGCCUGCUGUUUCAGUUAUCCAUGCCACUCAAUUUCCUAGGAACUGUUUACCGGGAGACGCGCCAGUCGUUGCAGGACAUGGGCGCCAUGUUCGGCUUACUGCAGCAACACCCGACCAUCAAGGACGCCCCGGAUGCGCAGCCGCUGCCGCCCGCCCCGGAGGGCUAUGAUGUGAGUUUGGAGGACGUGACGUUUGGCUACCGGCCCGAUGACCUCAUCCUGUCGGGGGUGUCUCUGCACGUGCCGGCGGGCACCAGCUGCGCCAUCGUGGGGGCGUCCGGCUCGGGCAAGUCCACGAUUUUGAGGCUGCUGUUUCGGUUUUACGACGCGCAAUCUGGUGUCGUACGGGUAGGCGGUCACGACGUGCGCCACGUCACGCUUGACAGCCUCCGAGCCGCCAUCGCCACUGUGCCGCAAGACAUGGUCUUGUUCAACGACACCAUCUACUACAACAUUGCGUACGGCAAGCCAUGCGCCACGAAGGCCGAGGUGGAAGCCGCUGCCCAGCUCGCUCGUGUGCACAGCGCCAUAGAGGCUAUGCCUGACGGGUACGGCACCGUGGUCGGGGAGCGGGGGCUGAAACUGAGCGGCGGCGAGAAGCAGCGCGUGGCCAUUGCCAGGGCCUUUCUCAAGUCGCCUCAGGUGCUACUGUUCGAUGAAGCCACGAGUGCCCUGGACAGCAAGACGGAGGGGGAGAUACUGGAGGCGCUGAGGGCGCUGGCGCGGGGUCGUACCGCCAUCUUCGUGGCUCACCGACUAUCCACCGCCGCGCAGUGCGACCAGAUAGUGGUGCUGGAGGAGGGCCGGGUCGUGGAGUCAGGCGAGCAC